AUGGGAGUCCGCGAUAUUCUGACAGUUGACGAGCGAUGCGUACUGUGCCGUCGUGGGAUAACAGAGACGAGGCUCCCGGGGAUAGAGAUCGUCGGGUGUCGGUACGGUGAAACGGGUCGGGAAGAGAGAGGUGGGCAUAAUUUCGGUAGAGAGAAAGGGGCGCAGCAGGCGACCACGUUGGAUCUCGCGGCGUUGGCUGCUUACGGGGGCGUCCAGGGACCCAGGGUCGCGGUGGCGGGCACCGGGGUCCUCGCGCUGCCCGGCCUGAUACCCGACAAGGGUUUAUCAUCGCCCGGAGGUCAGUCGAAGGCAAAGUCCGCAGGGCUGGCGGGUUUAGACAGCGAGGCGGUGCGCCGGUGGGUCGCCGAGGCCACGCGGACCGUCCGGCAGAUUCCGCCUCCGGUGGUGCUACCGUCCAGCUCGCAUCAGCAACAGCAACAGCAACAGCAUCAGCAUCAGCAGCAUCAGCAUCAACAUCAACAUCAACAUCAACAUCAACAUCACCAACGCCAGCAGCAUCAUUCCAGCCAUCGGCAACGUCAGGAGCCCAGCCCACCUUCGGUGGCAGCCUCGCUGUUCGCGUUGCCGUCGUCGAUGACCCAGACGCCCAGCAUGCAUCUGCUGGAGAACAACAACCUGGUGGAGGUUGCGAUGGCUCAGCAGCAACAGCAGACGCAGCAGAUGCAGCAGCAACAGCAACAGAAGCAGAAGCAGACCAGCCCGACGAACAACAACACCAUCGAGGCCUGGAGAUCGAUCCAGGGUGGACACCAGUGGUGGAGCACGCCCGGAACGGUGCAUCAGGACACGCAGCAAGUGUCCCCGAUCGGACAGGCCGCUAUCGGCCAGGCUGUCAUCGGACAGGCAGUGAUCGGCCAGGCUGUCAUCGGGCAGACCCAGCAGCAGAGCCUGGUCUCGGUCUGCGGACAGAGGCAGCAGAUGCAAUCCGAGAUCGACCAGCCGCUGGACUUCUCCGUGGGCUCGAUGCAGCAGCAGAGAGUGCACUCCAGGGCGAGGACUAUUCACGAGAGGCUGCAGAGCAGGAUGCACGACAACAACAACGGCACCGCCGCCGGACAGAAGAUCCUCCGUGGUGCAGCCAGCAGGAGAAGCUACAGCCCCAGCGAGGCCAGCAGCAGCAGCAGCGAAGACGAGGGUGUCUCCACCGGCGGCAGUCCCACCGGGCCGCUCCGUUGCACCGAGAACGACUCGUGCGAGCCGGUUGCGGACCGACCUUACGGUAAAGUUUGGAUAGGCGAUAACGAGGUCGCGUGGCCGACCGAGCAGUCUUUCAAGAGGACCUCACCCCUAAAUCCCUGCGCCUCUACGACUACUACGACGAUGACAGGUGGCGGAACACCGGCACUCCCCCACCUGUCGCCACCCAUAGCCGCCCCCGUGACCACUCCCGAUCACAGAAGCCCCAGCAGCCUCCACGUGAAACUCGGCAUUUCUCCUGCCAGCGACGCGCUCGGCCGAAUCGAUAAGGAGGAGCCAGCCUCGCCGGAAUCCAUACAAGAUGCGGAUCUCCACGGGGAUGUUGAUGGGCACGAGCUCAGUGGUUACGAUAGAAGCAUCGCCAGUGACAUCCAGGAUGCUACCGAGGCGAACCUUGACCAUGACUCCAUGGACUCGGACAGGGAAGCCCUCAACCUGGUCACAGACGUGUCGCACCGCAACAGCAGCAGCGGAACCAGCGGCAGCGCCUCGUCGCCGAGUUCCGGUGUCAGCAGCCAGAUAACAGGAAGCCAUCAGCAGCAGCAACAGCACACGGCCAAUCAGCAGAACAACAGCAACUCGCAAGCGGCGCUCGCUGCUCAACUGGUCAGCCAGCAAUUAUUGAUGCACGGCUCCUUGGGCGCACUCGGACCGCAAGAGAUCCAGGCGCUCGCGUCGACGCUGCAACAACAGCAGCAGUCGUUGCAGCAACGGUUGCAGCAGUUUGCCAUGUUCCAGCAGGCGAACCCUGCCGCGGCGGGACAGCUUCCGGCACAGGCGCAGUUCUUCCUGCAGAAUCAGGGGCUGUUGCAAAGCGGUGGCUACGCCUCAAGACCCAGUCAUCCGCGCUCACAGUCCAUGCAGGUACAGCAAGCAGUGGCGCAGGCGGCUCAGCAACUGCAAGCUCUGCAGAAGCAGCAGGCCCUACAGGGUGGCGGUGGCCUGGUUGGUCGAGGUCUGACGCAACAAAGGUCGCCACCACCUCCUGGCACUCCGCCAGCGGUGAAACAACAACCAACUAGAUUGGAACCUUCGCCGGAAGAGACCACCGACCUCGAGGAACUCGAGCAGUUCGCGAAAACCUUCAAACAGAGGAGGAUCAAGCUAGGCUUCACCCAGGGCGAUGUUGGACUGGCCAUGGGCAAGCUCUAUGGCAACGACUUCUCGCAGACGACGAUCUCGAGGUUCGAGGCACUGAAUCUGUCGUUUAAAAACAUGUGCAAACUGAAGCCGCUACUGCAGAAAUGGUUGGAGGAUGCAGAUAACUCCUUGAACAAUCCCAACUCCCUUUCGAACCCACUCACCACACCGGAAGCCAUCGGCAGGCGGCGGAAGAAGAGAACCUCGAUAGAAACCAGCGUGAGGGUGGCCCUGGAAAAGGCGUUCAUGCAGAACCCGAAACCCACUUCGGAGGAGAUCACAGUAUUGGCGGACAGUUUGGCGAUGGAGAAGGAGGUUGUUCGAGUGUGGUUUUGCAACAGACGACAGAAGGAGAAGAGGAUCAACCCUCCAACAGCAGCGAUGGGCAGUCCAACGAUGGCUUCCCCAGCACCGUCGGUGUUCGCCUCGCUAGCUGGUUCGAUGUCAGGCAGUCCUCUCGCUCUUACAACCCAUUCCCCCGGCAUGGGCCACUCUCACCCCCAUUCGACACCCUUAGGCUCGCCUUUGCCGUUGGCCCUGGUGGCGUCGGCAGGCGGCAACUACCACCCCCUCGGUGGCAAGUCCCACGAGUGACACCAGCAGUCGACCCAUCAGGGCGACACAAUUUAUCAUCAGCACCAUCACCAGCAACCUCAUCAACAGCAACAGCAGCAGCAGCAGCAACAGCAACAGCAGCAGCAGCAACGACGUUUGUGCAAUCUACCCGAGUUCUAUCACUAAUCCGGCGAAGAUGAUGCCGCUGGUAGCCUGGAUCACGUCGGAGGGACGAUGUGCCGGCGCUUAAUGGAAUUUGGCGUCGAACCGGAUGCACGACGGUCGGGAUCGAGGGAAGGAGCGAUACGAUUCGAUACAUAUCCUGGCGAACGAGGUUCCACGAUCGAAGACUGGACCCCGGUCGAUCUUCCGCUGGGUCGGGCCAACCUCGUGGACACCCAUACUUUUCGCAUACAAGGUAGCAUCUGCUCGAUCAGUAUACGAGGCGCGCCACGCUCGGAGAGAACUCGACGAAGACUUCUUAGGUAAUUAAGCAGCGCUUGAAACCGGCUGGAAGUUGCCGGGCUUGCACUGUAAACUCACCCUUUUGCGAGACACGAUGUUCCAGAAAUGUAGGGCUCUAUUCUUUUUAAAGAAUAUUUUAUAAUAUUUUUUAUAUAAUUCUUUUCUUUUCUAAGCGAGCAGUGUCCGUGGCAUCAGAUACAUUUAACUCAUUUGCAUCGCGAGGAAGAGUAAGAAAUAUUGACUUUGCUGAUUUUUAACCGUCUGCAUCGGUUGCGACAUGCGGAACACAUGUAAACAUUUGUUUCUGGUUUCAAUAAUUUUAACCCCUUGCCGUGCCAAGCUUAUUUGUACUCGCAAUGAUCAGAUUGGAAUAAUUUUUUAGAAAGGGCGAUAAAUUUCUAUUUACUGCGAGUGUAAGCUUAUUUGAGUGCUCAGAUAUUGAUGAUAAGGGAACAGAAUUUUAUCCCGAUUUAAACGGACGGAAUAACAUUCAUAGUUAACAAGUUAAAUCUCCAUGACGAGUCGGACUCUAAGCGCUUAAUGAGGCAAGCAGCUAUUUUUUUAUUAUCUUUUAUUAGGAGAGUUGAACACGAUGCCACGGUGACCUGAAAUUCUUUAAAUUAUUUCUCCGUUUCGAAUUUGAUCUAUUCGUUUCUCGUAGUCUAAUAAUCUUCUUGCUAUCAGUUGUUUUGUGCAGUAUUACUUGAAGUGGUCAGUGUGCAAAGCUGUUUUACAGUUAUCACACUGAUAAAUUCCUUCCCUUUUUUGUUUCGUUUUGUGAUAAACGGACUGCGGGGAUUUCAUGCAUUUAUGGCAAAAAUGAAUAGACGUGACGCAAAACGGCGAAGAUAUCGGGAGAAAUUAACAAGAAUGUUACAUUAUUUUCAAGUGUUUACAAUCAUUAAAGAUACGCGUUUUCAUUUAGUUCUCCUAACGACGCGAAUUCGUGAACGAAUGCGACGUUCAAAAGGGUGAAUUUAAAGCAGGAAACCCGGCGUAAAAUUCCGUUUCAUUUCAAUUCAAGCACUGCCGUAGGUGGACGCUUAGGAAAUUCGUCGCGCACGGUGUAUCGUUGGUUUAAUCACGGUUCUGUUCAGUAUUAUGGUUUUCUCCGAGCCGUUCGCAGAUCGUCCCGCGAUCCGGAUCCGCGACGGAGAUCCCCGCGAUUCAGAGAUCGCUGAAAAUUUCGGUCCGACUUUGAGGCUUUCGAUCCCGAGGUUCGUUGCGAGCCGCGCGAUUGAUGAAGAAUGACCGUCGGCCAUAAAGACGGCAUUUAAUCAGUUAUCAUAUGGAAUUAUCAUCAAAUAUUUAUGAGUAGGGGAACCGUUCGACGAUACAGGUUUAAUUAUCGACAGGUUUCCCUCCGAGCUGUUUGAUUUUCAUUUUUCUUAUCUUCUUUCUUUCGUUGGACCGAGUCGAGUCCGAGGCGAUCUCGAACGAUCCAUCGCGGGGAUCUCAAAGGAUUUUUCACGGUGAUCUUGAUGGACCCAUCGCGGUGAUCGCGGGGGGAUCGAGGAGACGCGUUCGGAGCACAGUUAUUCGCGUUUCGACGAGUAAGAACGAGACGGUUCCUUCGAAGAGGACGAGCGCGCGGAAUCGGUGCUCGUCUCUUCGUGGUAAGCAGGGUUUAAUAAGCGAUCGACGAGGAAGUGUCCGCCAUUUUGGAAUCGAGAGCUCGUCCAUUCGGUGACGGAGAACAGUUCGGCGGAACCGUGGAACCUCGAUCGGACGAAGCAUCGCACUUCACUGCCACGGGGGAGUACAUUAAUUUUCACUGUCUCCAUUCGAUCGAUCACGGUUUCGCAGCGGUGUUUUUGUGCUAAUUUAUUCGUUUGGACGACUUGUUGCACUUAAUUGUACGUCGUUGGGACAUGACAAAUUGUGGGGGGAGGCUCCGCGACCCGGAGGUGUUUAACUUUUAUUCGGAAGAAUUGUGUCGGUUUCGUUCGAUUCGUUUGUACCUCAAUGUUAUUGUUCGUUCAUUCGUUUUUGACUGGAUUGCAGAUCUUCGGGAAUUUAUGGAUCACUGUAAAUCGUUUGACAGAUCUUUGUGCAAGAUUAUAUUCGAACUGCAAACAUUAAUAAACACGACUGUAAAUACAUUGACAGGAUUCGAGGAUGUUGCUUAAUUCAAGACGAAACUUUUGGAAAUGUUUGUUUUGUACAAAAAUCCGCGGAUUUGUUUAAAACACUUUUCGGAAUCCUUGAGAUAUUAAAUUCUGUGUAAACUCGUUUUCAUCAAAAUGUAUCAUUGAAAAUGAACAUUCGCGUCGAAAUGAAGGUUCAGCCGAAUGUACAGUGACAGUGAAAAGUCGGGGGACGAGUUCCCGAUGCUAAAAUCGAGAGCCAUGCUCUCUCGUCGACCGAUAAAAAUGCGGCGAGGUCCGACAAUACGUUUUGUAGAUAUUUAACACGUACGGUCGCGUGUCUGUCGUCAUACAUAUCCGUGUCCCGAACCUGUACAUAUACUACGCGAGUGUUAAUUUGUGAAAAUUCACGUGGGAUUCGCGAAUGUUGCCUCGCUCGACGUCAAAGUCAUCGUUCGCCAAAUCAAAUUCGAUAUGCCACAAUUUUGCUUAAAAACAUCGCCCUACCUUGUAAUACUAUACAGUAUAUAUACUUGAAUUUUACAGUUGAAUUCAAUUUAAUAAUUCAAUGUGUCGUAAUUGACCUAAUUAAUUUCCCGAAGUCGAAUAUCAAUAAAAACAAAAUCUUAGAAAAACAGCGGUCGUGUAGUUUAUUUAAACAAUUCGCGAACGAUUCGCAUAAUUGUCAAGUCAGAGCUUCCAACGUGUUCUCUGUUCGUUAAAAAACGAGUCAACACCGGCGAAAGACGUUGUACAUUGUCCACGGAGCUGGUUUUCGAUGGGAAGCGCGAGUGAUUUGAACGCGUGGACAGGCGGCGUCUUUCUGCAGAAAUCGUCGAACGGGCAAUGUUUCGCGUUUCUCGCGACGAUCCCUGGACAGACACGAGGGUCAACCCUUGUAGAUACGUGCGUACGUGUACAUACGGUAUAUUCACACCCGCUGCACGCAGAAUAACUAUACACACGUAGAGCGCAUGUCCGAUUACACGAGUCAAAGAGGCGGCGCUUAAUGUCCGAGAGUUUUACCGCCAUUUUUUCGCGAGAUCUCCGUCUUAUCCAAAAUCACGAACAUUUUGGAAGCGAGUCGCGGAUGUUUCCACACCGUUUCAACCAUUCGGGAAGUUAACGCCGCGAUCGGAUCACGAUAUAUAUCCACCUAAAUCGACGAUCCUUCGACAUUGGAAUAAAAUCGCGUCGAAACUCCUCGUUUAAUUACAACGAUCGUUUCAGCAUUGUUCAUAAAAAUUCGUCAAGGUACUAAAUUAUCUGCGCGACACGGCAGACUCUCGGCUCGAGGUGCGGAAACCGAACCGAUCAAGAUGGCGAGCUCCCGGCGACUAAUUAAGGGCUAUGAUCUUAGGAAGAGGAGCGUUUCGUAAGGGCCGUACACAGUAAAAAGUAAUAUGGUAAUCGCCGUACGCCAGGAGUCGUGGAUAUAAGUAUAAAUAUAUUAUAUUAUAUUCUAUAUAUAUAUAUGUACGCGCGCGUGUGCGUAUCUGUGUGUGUGUGUGCAUGUGCGUGUGUGCGCACGCGUGGCCGUCGCGCGGGAUAUCUAUACAUAUGCGUGUAUAAACGUAUACAUACUAUACAUAAAUGUAUAAAGUGGACGUGUUUCGGUUUUCCUUUUCUUUCUUUUUUUUUGUAAAUAGUAGCCGAGAGAACCGACGGAUGUGAGACUGUCGCCGUGCUAUAGACAUCGUUUCUUAUUAUCUACGACUAUUCGUUAAGCACACAUUUAGCCGUGUUAGGCAUCGUGGAGCGCCGCUGUUCGCCGAGGCCGGAACUCGAGUGGUUCGUUCGGCUAUGAAUUCGCGAACCAUAGACUGCGACACCGAGACCAUCGACUUUAUCCGACGAUAGAUUCGCAGACGACUGAGAGAACCGAUUAUCGUAGACGUUCCAAUUAGACGAAGCUCGUUCCGAGGCUCCAGCCUCCGAAUCGCUCGAUUUCUUCGUCGAUCGGCGCGUCACCGACCGUGUACAUUUGUUGCGUGCCCCCUCCCAUUUUUGUAAUAAUAUAAAUAUAAAUAUGAAUAUAAAUAUAAAUAUGAAUAUAGAUAUAAAUAUGAAUAUAAAUAUAAAUAUAGUUAUAAAUAUAUGAAUACGUAGGUACACGCGGCGCGUCGCAGCUGCGUCCACCGAUGCGCGCGUGUACGGUGCCGACGAUCGCAGUUGUAUGUGAUGUUCUUCUGCCGGACGCGACACGAUAUAUUACAAUAUAUAUUUUCGUUGUAUUUUAAUAUAACUGGUCGCGCGAUCCUGUAUCAUAUUAAUGUAUACGUGUAUGUAAAUGUAUGUAGAACGCGUGUGCGAGACGAGACGGAGCGCGUGAGAUUGAUUCUGUUCCGAGAAAACGUGUCGUUCCCCGAUCGUCGCACCCCGACAAACGCGGGGUUGGGGUGUCGCCGCCGACCCGCCCGGCGUUCUCCUAGCCGGGCGGAGCAGUGGAGGUCGGCCCCGGUUUACCUUCGAACACAUCAACUUCCAGAGUCGUGGACCAAGCUGUAGCGCAAGUGUGUGCGAGCGUGCGAGAGAAUCUGACACGGGAAACGAGACGAAAGCGAGGACGAGACGAUAAAAAAAAGAAAAAGAGUUCCUAGAGCACCCGACCGCGCGCGUUUCCACGCCGCCGUUUUUGUUAGAGAUGGGAGAGACGACGAGACAGGAGGAGGACGACGCUUAUAUUUCCCUUUACUUUACUUUCCGGCUGCCCGACCGAUAUGUAGAACGAACGGUUCCGACGGAUAUCUCUUUGGAGGUCAAAGAAAUUCCGAGCAGACAGUUUUUUUUUCUUCGAGCGGACAUCGACGAGAAGAAUCCUGCGGUACAGCGGUUCGAGGACGAAAGAGGCUUAGGUUUUCACCCCCUUUUCUCCGUGUAUCCUCCUUCUCGUUUCUUCUCGUUCGUCGGAGACGCGUUAUCUUGUAGAUAGAGAGGAGUCAGUGACCACCCACCACCCACCAUCCACAUCCCGCCACCUUCCAGCGUCCUCUGAUCGACGUGUCAUUGGUUCAGUUGUCGUGAGCCUCCUGGAGCCAGCGCAUUCCGCGAUAGACGCAUAGUACAGUGAUUAUUAUUAUUAAUAUUAUUAUUAAUAUUAUUAUUAUUAAUUAUUAAUUAUUAUUAUUAAUUAUUAUUAUUAUUAACUAUUAAUUAUUAUUAUUAUUAUUUCAUUAUAUUUUAACUUUUAUUAUUUGACAAUAAAAGUACUAGACAAACUUUA